AUGGGCGACUCUGCGAUCCACGCUCUUGCCGGCGCCGUCGGCGGCGGUGUCUCGAUGGCCCUCACGUACCCGCUCGUCAACCUGUCGACGCGCGCCGCUGUCGCCACAAAGAAGGACCACAUGUCCAUCACCGACGCUAUCAAGAAGACUGUCAAGACGGAGGGCAUCUCGGGCCUGUAUUCCGGUCUGGAGUCGAGUCUGGCAGGCAUCAUGAUCACCAACGGCGUGUACUAUGCCUUUUACGAGGAGACGCGCUCUUUCCUGAUGCGCCGUCGCCCCGCCGGAUCCCCCGCCGGAGGAGCCCUGUCCACCAAGGAGGGUAUUGUGGCAGGGAUGAUUGCCGGCUCGAUCACUACGAUCCUCACCAACCCCGUGUGGACCGUCCAGGCGUACCAGUCCACCCGCGCCGUCACCGGCAAUGCCGACGACAAGCCCACCGCUAUCCAGUCUGCCAAGGCCAUCAUCAAGCAGGACGGCGUCAAGGGUCUCUGGCGUGGUCUCGGCCCCGCGCUCAUCCUCGUCAUCAACCCCGUGAUCCAGUACACCACCUUUGAGCGCCUCGUCUCGCUCAUCCUCGACUGGCGCUCCAAGAAGGGUGUCAAGGUCACCGGCCGCUCCGCCCUCAGCGACUGGGACCUCUUCAUCCUCGGCGCCGUCUCCAAGCUCAUCGCCACCGGCUCGACUUACCCCUACCUCGUCGUCAAGUCGCGCCUCCAGGCCGCCACUCACAAGUACAACUCGUCGGUCAAGGCCGUUCUCCAGAUCUUCAAGACGGAGGGUAUCUCUGGCCUGUACGCCGGUAUUGGCCCCAAGCUCCUCCAGUCGGCCCUCACCGCCGCGUUCAUGUUCGUCGCCCAGCGCCGCAUCUACGAGGCUGUCAAGGGUCUCAUCGUCGUCCUCCAGCAGCGCAAGGCCCUCCUCAAGGCCUAA